AUGUCUAAUGACGCUGGCUCAAACCCAGACCGAGACCUCCUCUCACGACUGAACGCUCUCAAACAAUCCACUGUCUCCUUUGAUGAUCAAACCAACUUUGAGCCCUCGUUAUCAAACCCCGCAGCACAACCUCUUGACCCCGCGCCUGCUCGUGCUCUUCACACAGAUCUCCUGUCGAGAUGGAAGUCAUUAAGCGGGAUACCUUCUGCUAGUGCAGCUGGCGAGCCAUCAGCCCAUGAAGAGAAGACCGAGGAUGAGAAGACGGUGGAAGAAUUGUUGGCAGACCUAGGUGCACCAGAAGAGUGGCAGGUGGGUCAGGCGGAGGAGACCAUAGUAACCGAUCUAUUACAGUUGGCGAGAGCUUCACUUGCAACUGCCCCCGAAAAGGAGGAUAUUCUGGGUGAAGAAGAUGCCACCACACGCACUAAAAGGAGUUUGAGACUUCCGACCGUCGAUGUUUCCGUCUUCCAACCCGAACCCGAAUCUGAAGAGGAAGAAACCCACAGACCGCUUCCUGGGAAGUCUAACGAUGCGCUCGACAAAGAAGCAGACGAGCUGCUCGCUAGAAUCCUCGACGAAGUCAAGCACGAACCUCAAGAGCCAGUGUCAGAUGAGAAGGAGGUCUCGGAGUCGGAGGAAGCAGAAAACGAUGCAACACCCGGACAUCGACUUGAGAACAGCGAAGCAAACCUGGCGUCUGUGGACCUCCAGUUUCCAACAACACCGUCCAAACUACCCGACCUCAUCAAUCCGGAAACCACAAACAGCGGUGAUGACGAGCUUGCUUCUCGCUUCGCAGGACUCUCUCUCCCAUCCGUGCCCACCACAAUGGCAUCGAAAUCCAAAACCUCCAAGGCAAAACCCUCUCCAGGCUUCACUGACGAAGAUAUUGACACGUGGUGUAUCAUCUGCAGUGACGACGCAACGCUACGAUGCAUAGGCUGUGACGGCGAUCUGUACUGCACAAACUGCUGGAUGGAAGGGCAUCGCAGUGAGGAUGCCGGUUUUGAGGAGCGGAAGCACAAGGCAGUAGAGUUUGUGAAGGGAGGUGGGAAGAAGAAAGCACCUCAGCGGACGACAAUGGUCGGCGCAUGA